CAUCGUUGAAUCACUAGUCCGGUUUGGUUGAACCGGGUGAUCGAGAGAUUUAACCAUCGUGUAAGGAAUAAAAACGACAAAACAAAACCUAACAGAUUUGGUGAGGAAGAAGAGAAAAUCAGUGUAAGCUCAGCAGCCUUGGCAAAGGUAAAAGAGAAGAAGUUAUGAAUGAAUUGAAAGUGGAGGUAGAGAGCAAGGCUAUGACUGAUCAAUCGCAAAUGGAGGUAGAGACCGAUUCUUCUGCGCUUGAGUCUCUCUCGAAGCCUCAAGCCAUGUACAGAUGCAAGAAGUGCAGAAGAAUAGUGGCUAUUGAGGAGAACAUAGUCCCUCAUGAACCAGGGAAAGGUGAAGAAUGCUUUGCUUGGAAAAAGAGAAGCGGUAACUAUGCUGAACGAGUGCAAUGCUCUUCCAUCUUUGUCGAGCCUAUGAAAUGGAUGCAAAAUAUACAUGAUGGAACUGUUGAAGAGAAGCUUCUUUGUUUGGGAUGUAACGCCCGGUUAGGUUAUUUCAACUGGGCUGGCAUGCAAUGUAGCUGUGGCGCCUGGGUUAAUCCCGCUUUCCAGCUCCAUAAAAGCCGAUUAGAUGAGUGUAAGUCCGAGCCAAACCCAAAUCAAGGAACUGUAUGAAAGGAAAGUUUCUUGGAUAACUGAUGGUUAUAGUCAAGAUCAAACUAAGCCUUAGUUGUAUUGAACACAUUCAUGUGUGUGUUUUUUAUUUAUAAAUCCAGCAAAAGUUCAUCAGCUUAAUGUUACAAAAAUACAUUAAAUUCAAACACAGAGCAUAUUAGUAGUU